AUGCUCUUGCUCUUGUUUGUGGGUGGUGUCGGAAAGUACGUGCGUGAGUGUUGGGGUGCGCGUGAGCGCAGCGCAGGGGUGUGGGUGAGUGCAAUUUCUUACCUUACCAACCCGCCUGCCCUGCUUCAUCUCGGAACCAUCUCGAAUCCCCUGCAGACGCGUGUGCCACCGUGGAUUGCGGGUCAGUCGCCUUCUGCUCUGCGGCCGAUGAUGGCAGCACCGAGUGCCUACGGGUUGGUGCAGACGCAGGUGGAGGUGGAGGGGCUCAGCUACCUCGCGCUCGUCACCUUCGAGAGCCCCGUGCCCAUGGCGCACGCCACUGGCGCCAUGGCGUGCAGCGACGUGGGUGACCUGGGCGGGGGCAGCAGCACCAAGAUCAGCGUGGAGUGGAAGUCGUUUGGCGUGGACACCGUGGGCACCGGCAUGUGCAAGAGCCUCUCGUUUCACGCCGACCCCGGCUGUGCGGACAAGGCGGGAUUGACCAUCGCGCGCCCUGCCAUGGUCCGCGAUGCCUUCCCCGUCACAAAACGGACUGUGAGAGCCACCCCGCCACAGUCAAUCAGCUGUGAAAUCGCCACGUGUCACAAGGAAUGCGGCAGUGCACAGUGCGUGGUGAGGGACGGCGUGUCUCAAUGCAAGUGCCCCUGGAGCCAAGUGUUCGACGACGCGCAGAAGCGCUGCACCAGCAAGUCGCCCGGCACCACCCCUGACCCGAACACUAGCGGAGGCGCGGACCCGUGUGCGGCAGUGCAGUGUGCGAGGCACUCGCAGUGCGUGGGGAGGAACGGGCAGCCCACGUGCACGUGUGACGCCGGCUACACCACGGCCAACAACGGCCUCUGCUCUGGGCAAAGGGGCGAGGAUGAGCGAGCCCCCGUUGUAUCGUGCUGCUUUUCCAACCUCUCCACUGCUCAUUCUCUUUCCAACCUCUCCACUGCUCAUUCUCUUUCCAACCUCUCCACUGCUCAUUCUCUUUCCAACCUCUCCACUGCUCAUUCUCUUUCCAACCUCUCCACUGCUCAUUCUCUUUCCAACCUCUCCACUGCUCAUUCUCUUUCCAACCUCUCCACUGCUCAUUCUCUUUCCAACCUCUCCACUGCUCAUUCUCUUUCCAACCUCUCCACUGCUCAUUCUCUUUCCAACCUCUCCACUGCUCAUUCUCUUUCCAACCUCUCCACUGCUCAUUCUCUUUCCAACCUCUCCACUGCUCAUUCUCUUUCCAACCUCUCCACUGCUCAUUCUCUUUCCAACCUCUCCACUGCUCAUUCUCUUUCCAACCUCUCCACUGCUCAUUCUCUUUCCAACCUCUCCACUGCUCAUUCUCUUUCCAACCUCUCCACUGCUCAUUCUCUUUCCAACUUCUCCACUGCUCAUUCUCUUUCCAACCUCUCCACUGCUCAUUCUCUUUCCAACCUCUCCACUGCUCGUUCUCUUUCCAACCUCUCCACUGCUCAUUCUCUUUCCAACCUCUCCACUGCUCAUUCUCUUUCCAACCUCUCCACUGCUCAUUCUCUUUCCAACCUCUCCACUGCUCAUUCUCUUUCCAACCUCUCCACUGCUCAUUCUCUUUCCAACUUCUCCACUGCUCAUUCUCUUUCCAACCUCUCCACUGCUCAUUCUCUUUCCAACCUCUCCACUGCUCGUUCUCUUUCCAACCUCUCCACUGCUCAUUCUCUUUCCAACCUCUCCACUGCUCAUUCUCUUUCCAACCUCUCCACUGCUCAUUCUCUUUCCAACCUCUCCACUGCUCAUUCUCUUUCCAACCUCUCCACUGCUCAUUCUCUUUCCAACCUCUCCACUGCUCAUUCUCUUUCCAACCUCUCCACUGCUCAUUCUCUUUCCAACCUCUCCACUGCUCAUUCUCUUUCCAACCUCUCCACUGCUCAUUCUCUUUCCAACUUCUCCACUGCUCAUUCUCUUUCCAACCUCUCCACUGCUCAUUCUCUUUCCAACCUCUCCACUGCUCGUUCUCUUUCCAACCUCUCCACUGCUCAUUCUCUUUCCAACCUCUCCACUGCUCAUUCUCUUUCCAACCUCUCCACUGCUCAUUCUCUUUCCAACCUCUCCACUGCUCAUUCUCUUUCCAACCUCUCCACUGCUCAUUCUCUUUCCAACCUCUCCACUGCUCAUUCUCUUUCCAACCUCUCCACUGCUCAUUCUCUUUCCAACCUCUCCACUGCUCAUUCUCUUUCCAACCUCUCCACUGCUCAUUCUCUUUCCAACCUCUCCACUGCUCAUUCUCUUUCCAACCUCUCCACUGCUCAUUCUCUUUCCAACCUCUCCACUGCUCAUUCUCUUUCCAACCUCUCCACUGCUCAUUCUCUUUCCAACCUCUCCACUGCUCAUUCUCUUUCCAACCUCUCCACUGCUCAUUCUCUUUCCAACCUCUCCACUGCUCAUUCUCUUUCCAACCUCUCCACUGCUCAUUCUCUUUCCAACCUCUCCACUGCUCAUUCUCUUUCCAACCUCUCCACUGCUCAUUCUCUUUCCAACCUCUCCACUGCUCAUUCUCUUUCCAACCUCUCCACUGCUCAUUCUCUUUCCAACCUCUCCACUGCUCAUUCUCUUUCCAACCUCUCCAGUGCUCAUUCUCUUUCCAACCUCUCCACUGCUCAUUCUCUUUCCAACCUCUCCAGUGCUCAUUCUCUUUCCAACCUCUCCACUGCUCAUUCUCUUUCCAACCUCUCCACUGCUCAUUCUCUUUCCAACCUCUCCACUGCUCAUUCUCUUUCCAACCUCUCCACUGCUCAUUCUCUUUCCAACCUCUCCACUGCUCAUUCUCUUUCCAACCUCUCCACUGCUCAUUCUCUUUCCAACCUCUCCACUGCUCAUUCUCUUUCCAACCUCUCCACUGCUCAUUCUCUUUCCAACCUCUCCACUGCUCAUUCUCUUUCCAACCUCUCUACUGCUCAUUCUCUUUCCAACCUCUCCACUGCUCAUUCUCUUUCCAACCUCUCCAGUGCUCAUUCUCUUUCCAACCUCUCCACUGCUCAUUCUCUUUCCAACCUCUCCACUGCUCAUUCUCUUUCCAACCUCUCCACUGCUCAUUCUCUUUCCAACCUCUCCACUGCUCAGUCUCUUUCCAACCUCUCCACUGCUCAUUCUCUUUCCCGACUUGCUUGCCAUCAUGCCUUGUUCCAUCUCGUUGCCUCUCACCCUCCAACCUUCCCAUCUCUCGCACCCGAUCCACCCACCUGA